AAGAUCAGUGGCGCCAGCUGUACGUAAGUACAGAGUGAGGAAGACUGCAACGAGUUCAGACGCAAGGCAACGUAGCUGGAUCCAAGGUCCGUCGUCAGUGCAGAGUCUGCAAGCGAAUUCGCUCGAAAACCUUAAGAGAGGAAAGGAGGCCCACCUGCUUCCUGCCUCUUGCUGUGAAGAAAGGAACACAACACAUUUCACUGUGGGAAAGCGGGGCUCUCUGAGCAACGCUAAGGUUUCAUUAGACGGGAAAACGGAAGUCGUUGGGCUGGAGUGUGUUCUGAUGGCCGAGUCAGAGACUGAAUGUGACACACCGGGCCUUGACACAUUAGGCUCCGAGUGUGUCAUUGCCCAUACCCAAGUCGGAGAUCUGCAUUAUGCAGCAGAGACAGAAAUUAUGACACAGGAGGACAAAAGGGGGCUCGAUCUUGAGGCUAUUCAUGGUUCAGAUCUGGCCAAAAUACAAGGCCUGGGCCCAGAGUUGGGUGCUGUGACUUGUGUUGACGCUGACCAAAUUGUUACCGAGACCGACCAUGAUUACACCAAGGCAGAUCAGACAGGCCUCCAGUGCUUCGGAGGGCAUCAUGACAUUAAGCAUGAGAAUGAAACCUUCCUCGGCGAAGUCCUCCUCAAAGCAGAGAUGAGUGGCGCUGGACCUGAUCAUGUCGUCAAAGCUGAAUCUGACCAUGGAGGUGAGCUCACAGUGGAGUCUGAAAAUGGUGUGGUCAUUCAUGAGGCCCAUGGCCUGCAAUGCAAUGAGUGUGGUGAGAUUUUCAGCAGCAUCACAGAUCUCCAUCAACACUUUGAAAUCCACAAGGCCACCAACCCCUACAUCUGUGUCCACUGUGGUGAAAGCUUCGCAGUGGACUCCAGCCUGAAGGCUCACAUGAAAAUCCACAUGAAGGAGAAGAGUUACGGCCCCACUGGCGUGGAGCUAGUCGGCAAAGUUGGCAUCGACGCCUUCAAUCUCAAGCCUCACCAGAUGAUGCAUUCUCCUGAGAAGCCCCACAGAUGCUCCGAGUGCGGCAAGUGCUUUGCUGCGGCCAUCACCCUCCGAGAGCACAUGAAGAUGCAUUCAGACGACAAGCCAUACAAGUGUACACAGUGCAGGAAGAGCUUCAUCCGCCGGCGUCACCUGAAAAAGCAUCAGGAGAUGCACGCCCGGGAGAAACCCUUCAGCUGCACGCUGUGCGGGAAAGGCUUUGCCACGGCCUCCAACUUGAAGCAACAUCAGAAGACCCACGCCGGAGACAAGCCACACCGAUGCCUCCAGUGUGGCAAGUGCUUUGCCGCAGCUGCCACCCUGCGGGAGCACGCCAGGAUUCACUCGGGCGAGAAGCCCUACAAGUGCAACCAGUGCAGGAAGAGCUUUGUCCGCAAGCGCCACCUGAAGAAGCACCAGCUGGUCCAUUCUGGUGGCAAGCCAUACCGCUGUUCCCACUGCGACAAGGGCUUCAACCACUCCUCCUCCUUGUCCCGACACAACAAAUCACACUCGGAGGGGAAGAACAUGUACAGCCCGCCUGAGAAGCUGAAGAACAUCUACACCCAGCCCGAGAAGUCAGUGAGUGUGUUCUACGAUGCCCCAACCCCAAAGAAGCGUGGCAUGCCGGGAGAGAGGCAGUACAGCUGCCGCUAUUGCGAGAAGAUUUUCAAUCAUUCGUCCUCCCUGUCAAGGCACCAGAAAACUCAUUCAGACGGCAAGUCCUACGCCUGCCCCCACUGUGGGAAGAGUUUUAAUCACUCCUCCUCUCUAGCAAGACACCAGCGUGUCCACUUGGACGAGAAGCCCACCUUCAGCGUUCCAUCAGGAAAGGGAUACAGCCCUGUUGUCAAGCAAAGAAUCCUGCAAAGUGAGAAGCCAUACCGGUGCUCUCAAUGUGGAAAGGGAUUCAAUCAUUCAUCUUCCCUUUCGAGGCACCAUAGAAUCCAUAUAGACCAGUGAGCACAUGCCUGCAAUUUAAUGUGGUCUCUCCCAGUAGUAGUUUCACCAUGUAACAAUGUCAGGCCACAUUUCAGCUGUAAGGUUUAUCCUUCACUAUAAAAAUGACAAGUUAAACUAGUUGUGGCCUCGGCUGAAGGACUGUAAAUUCUUUACUCAGCUAAACUUAGAGUUCUUUGAUCCUCCAAUAUAAAAAAAAUGACAUUGAGCCGCUAUCCCUAGUGAUCCUGCUUGAAUGGCUUGAUUUGUUACAUGCCUCAAUGUUUUUAAAGAUGAGUUCACCUCAGUAUGAUUAACCUGUAUAAUAAUAAUAAUAUCAUAGUGAUUUCAGUUAUACUGACUUGGGCCAGUUCUCUUAAGUGUAUCCUGUAGGCCUAAGGGAGAAUAAUUUUAUGAGAGGCUUUGCAUCUCCAUGUCAUGUUUUACCCUGAGGUCCCUUCACUCGAGUUGACAGCCACAGAAGUUAUUGAAAACCAAGAGGUCUUGAAGCAGUUCAAGAAGGUCUUGAUGCAGUUUUCUUUUGUUCAAGUCCACCAUUGUUGGUUAACAUGAUAUCAUAUGUAAAUAAAUACAUGUUGAUUUUUUUUUUUUUUUUUUAAAUAUAUGUAUAGGUGUGUAGUAUGCAGGUGUUCCUGAAGCUGAGCUAUAUUUUUGGUAAUCCCAUGAGUCUUACCCUUUUUUUUUUUUGCUUUGUAAUGACCUAAUGAUUUGAUGUUAACCAGUAGAUGUCACUGAUUUCACAUAGUCAGUGAACGAAGGAAAAAGGCACACUACUUUCUUAAAGAGCUUUAAAAAUGUGUAGCCUGGCCGUGUAUUUUUGCAGCCUCUAAAAGAGAACUAGUCACUGGAUAAAAACCCAAGAUCUCAUCAUGGUGUGUUGUGUUUGUCAACCUUUUGUAACUUCACUUAAAAAGUACAGUAGUAAAAUGACAAUUGCUCAGUGUCUUUGAGUUUAUGAUCAUGCCCUUAACACCUUUUUGAACACAAAUGUGGACUGUAUGCCAACCAGUAUGAGAAUUUAGUAACUCAAGUCCAGACAGCGUUCAAAGCAUGUUCAAAGACGGCUUACUUAUUGACUGAAGCAGUGUGGUAACCUUAGACUUCAGGGUUAAACUAUGUUCAGCAUCCUACGGUGUAGUUUUGAUUGAGGGCGGUUGUUGGGUGAUUUUAAUCCAAAAUGUAUGUUAGGAAUAAGUGGUUUAUACAUAUUUGAGAAGAUAAAACUUAUUCUUUGCUUUGGAGACUAAAUCAGUUAGCAGUGUAUAGCAUAAUAGUUAACUUAUAUUCAUAAGACAUUCUACAAACUAUCAAAAGACUGUGUAAUAGAUUGUGUAUACUCAAGUACGGAUUAUAGCUUGCUUUAAUGAACACCUAAUUUGAUUUCAACAGUUUCAGAAUUCCAUGGGUUUGCACUUUCUACCUACCAGUUCUGUGUAUGAAAAAAUCUUUUACAAACUGAUGUAUUUUUUUAAAUAUGGUUUGGGUCAUUUGAAAGGGAAAUGAAAGGUAUACUGUUUUUAUGGGAGUGAGCAUUAUAUAGAACAACUUAUUUCUUUUUUCCUCCUUUGGUUAACAAUUGUGCUUCAGAUGGUAGCAUAGGCUUCAUUGUUAGUUAGGUGCCUUAUUGCAUGCUGUGUAGAGAUGUAUGCUGAGAUAAUUGAAAAAAAAAAAAAAAGUAAGGUUUUGGCUAUCCCUCUUUUUGUUCCUAUACAUACUAAUCAAUGUUCAUUUUAAUUUGAAUUCAUUUUUUUUUUUUGCUUAUCUGUAUAUGACUUAUGUUUACACAGUUACUGUUGUCCUUUUAAUUUCCCAGUCUUUGUCCAUUGGCCUUGGUGUAGAAAAAAAUAGAGGUUAAAAUAAGGAAGUUACAAUGCCGUUAGUCCAUACUUUGAUUGCCCUCGUUUAGUGGUCAAGGCUACCAUGUUGUUCCAUCUGUCCCCAAACCUUGAGUGGCAAAUAUAUGGAUAAAUAAAGGGUGUUGGCUGUCCAA